GAUGAAAUCCAAUUCAGUCUCGGAACUUUGGAGAAUCCUUAUACUUCUUGUCACGAUGCUCAUAAUUGUAAUGGUUUUUAAAGAUAAAUAUAUGUGGCAAAGUAAACAGGUAGAGCCAUUGAUAUCAUAUUCAGAUAACCCAUAUAAGAGUAUUGCCAAAGGGGACGUAUCAUGGCUACGGAGAUCCAUCGACCUCUUCGACAGACUGGAGCUGGAGCCCGGCCAGACCAAGUGCCGCAAACUCGUCGAUAUUGGAGGAGCAAUUUGUGACGGAAAGCCCUUUGGGAUGAAAUAUCUAUGCUUAGAUGCAGACGUGGCUAUUGAUAACAAGAACUGCGUUGCUCACUCCUACGGCGUUAACGGUGACAUCAGCUUCGACAAGAAGAUCGCAAACUAUGGGUGUCAAGUGUUCAUGAUGGAUCCAACGUUGCCUGAGGGUUCGUAUGACUGGGUCGACGGUCGACUCACUUUCUUGCCAUUCGGACUUGGCGACAAAAAUAUGAUGUUGGUGGAUCCUAAAAAUGGGAGGAGUCUUCCUUUCGUUGUUUUCGACGAAUUUCCAAUAAUUACAGGAUACUUUGGCCCAAUCCACUACCUAAAGAUCGACAUUGAGAUGGAGGAAUGGCGGUCUUUGGAAUACAUUCUUGACAACAACCUUCUUGUUGGCGUCAAGCAACUGAUGGUGGAGUUCCACUUCUUCAUACCAGAGUCUUCAGCGCACCGGGCCGUUGACUUCUACAAGGAGAGGUGGCUAUUUCUGGAGCGCUUUGAAGACCAUGGCUUCCUCCGCGUUCGCUAUGACGUCACGUACAGCGGAGCGGCGUACCUCAAGAUGCCCGACACCAAUGACACCGCAUUUAUAUGCGGCGAACUCUUCUUAAUAAGGAGAAGUAGAUCUAAGCAAUGAGAAGUAAAUUUACGGAAUUUGAAUAUCCACGAAAUUUAUUGUAUGUCAGCAAAACCGGAACUGGCUCAGCUGAUCGUCAGGACUUUUAGGUUUCAUAUUAUAUUGUAGUUUAAAUUUUGGCUGCAUCCACUGGAUUUAAGAACAAUCUUAAAAAGCGUAUCCGUCAAGCAGCUUCAGGCAAUACAGGUGCAACGAAAGCAACAAAUUGUUACUGUUCAGCUAAUAAUUAUCAUGUUUAGUAGUAAGUAAGUUAUUUUUGUUGUAAUGAUAAAAUAAGUUAUGAGUUUAUAUAGUGUGGACGUGGACAUUUAGGAUUCAGAGGAUGUUAGCACGCAAUCUAUGAUUAUGGGAAGCCGAACUAGAUUAUCGACAUAGCUUAACUCGAUAAGCAUGGCACAUAUUCCAUCCUGAAGCCAGCAUGUCCCAGUCCUGUGUUAGGUAUUCAACAGGUUGAAAGAGCCGAAGAUCACUGAUCGCUUGCAAGACUUCGAAAUCCCUGCCUCUUGUGAAGAAAAAUCUCUAACUGGCGGGUUGCUUCAAGGUUUUCAUCCUACCAUGUGUAGGAAGACAUUAAAUUGAAUAUCAUAUCAAGAUGUAGGCUUUACGGCUUUUUGCUAACCCUGCCAUUCUUGCAUAACUGAUAUAUCAUCACGCUUGAUUUACAGAAAUUACGUUAGUUAUGUUCACUUAAUUUAGAUGCUAUGACGAGUGAGAGAUCGGCAUUGCGUCCGGUCACAACUGUGUAACAGACAUAAAUGCAUGGAAAGGAAGAUACACAUGUGCCUGAAGACUGCUACAGCUCUGCAGGAAGACAUGUCAGUGGAGGAAUAAGUUAUUUCCUCGAUGACAGUAGCCAUAGAUGAAGACAUAAUGUUUUUAGGUAGUUUUGUACAGCGGGAGAAGUGCAUGGAUAGUAAG